AUGGGCAGCUACCUCAGCAAGCUGGGGCUCUCGCCGGGGUCCCCAACCCCGGCGCGCACUGACUUGGAGAGGCCCGCGCACCGCCCGGCCCGACCCCUCUACCAGGUCCACCGAAUCCAGCACGUCCACCGAGCCCAGCCUGCCCGGAGGCAAAGACUCGCCCGGAGUCCACCCAACUGGGACCCAACCAAUCCAUCCGCCUUCGUCAAUGAGGCUUGGAGGCGCUUUCCUAUGAAGAGGCCCCAGAAUUCCAUCAUGGGGCCUCUUCCAUCAGACUGGUGGGAAAGUUACCUCAAGCGGAAUAUUUGGUCCCUUCGGCAUCCUAGGGCCACAUGGAGCCCGGUGAUGGUCAGGAUCGCCCCUCCUGAGCAGAGAGCGCGCCCCUCCUUUACCGCAGCAGUUGUGAUAAAAUCUGCGGGACCCUCAGAGGAGAAGCCACCACCUGACCCGUGUGCAAAGGAGACCGUGCUAAGGGCGCUCUGGCUGUCCCGGAAAGAAAGGGUGGGCUUAGAAGAAUCGCUAUUCCCAGCGGGCGUGGACAGUGCGAGGGGGACUCCAGAGGCCAGGCGGUCCGCCUUUAAACCUCUAAUAAACAGUACAGCCAUCGUUUCUUUUGUGCCCCGACCCGGGCCUCUGAAAAGGGGUCACCAUUCCCAGAGCUCAGACUACAGCUUGAAGAGGUCCAGUCGUUCCUCUGCGGAUUCCGUGACCAGCACACCCACGCGAGGGUCCCUCGUCACCAAAAGAAAUGCCAUUAGUAGUUCUUACAGCUCUCGCAGAGAUUUCUCAGAGCCUCUGGGGAGACGUUUUCCCAGUGGGUUAUCAAUCCAGGAACCAGAGUGGCCGUUGAAAAAGAGAGGGAAAAGUCACCAUUCUCACACCAUAGUCGCCACAGCAUCAGAUGCAGAAACCUCAGGAACAUCCGGUAGCUCUGGGCAAGCGAACCAGGAGGUUUUACAGCCCCUGUCUAGCCUGGGGCACCAGCUGUCCCAGGACCUGACCUUGGAGAAGCAAGCUGGGCUCCCAUGGGGCAGCGAAGACAGAAAGGACGCAGUGAUGACUGCUACAGAGGCCAUCCCUGAGGCCAGGCCUGGCACGCAGCCUCCCCCGGACCCGACUUCAUCUUUCUCAGGGACAGUGCCCACAGCAGGCACAGACCCUCAGCUGCACAGCUCAAAAGAAAUGCUGGAGUCUCCAGGCCCACCGUCUACUGGAGCAGACUCUGCCGUGGCCCCUUCUCCUCUGUCGAUGCCCAUCCCUUUGGCCCGGCUUGACCGCUCACAGCCAGAGCUUCCUCCCGGCACCUCUUGCCUCUCUAAGCUCACAACUGCUUCCGCCCUGCAGGCUUCAAGUUCCCCCACGUCACCACUCGCUGAUCUCACCAGGCCAUCCACAUCCCCCGAGGCUGACGGGUCUGCCGCACCCCUCCACUCAGCACCCACCUCGAAAAGCCCGCUCCGGGUUCCUGCAUCUGUAGCUCCUGCUCACUCCAUGCUCAAACCUACUUGGGACCCCCAGCACACUAGUGAGGUCGGAGGUGCCUUAGAUUCCAGAAUUCCAGUCGCAGAAUCAGUAUCUUCAGGUUCUUCCCUGUCCAGAGCUCCAGGCAUCUUGAUACCCACCUUCACGCCUGUCUUUGGCAGCAUGGCACAACCUAAAACUGUACCAGCGUUAGCUCCUGUACCUGCCAGGCAGUCCCCUCUUCCAGUGACUCCUGUCUCUCCUCACCUCUCCCAGGGCUUAGCCAAGUCCACCUCUGCAGCCAUGCCCACCACCUCCACCAGCACAGCUAAAGACGCUGCUUUUAAACCGUGUUUGGAUCUCAGCGUCGUGAAGAUCACACAUACUGUGGGCAGCACUUGCUCUGUUCCUGCUUCUUGCCAGUCCUUCCCGCUUGGGCCUGCCACAGGCUUCGUCUCCCCAGCACCGCAGCACCCUGCCAUUCCAUCCGUACACACAGUCGCCGUCUUUACUCAGGUGCUCAUGAGUACUAGUCAGGUAUCUCCUCUCAAGAGCACUGCUAAUUUGAAGGGUGCGGCCCACCCCCUGUCAGCCUCAGGCUUAGCACCCCCAAACCAGCCUGCAGUAGAACCUGGCACUUCCAACCCGACCUCAGCAUUCACAACUCCUUUGGGGUCAGAUCCAAAGCCAAGUUGCCCACCAUUCCCAGCGGGCACUUCCCAGCAUUCGUCUGGGGCCGUGGAUGGACAAAAGAAGCCAUGUGUCUUUCAGUCAGCUCCUGCCCCAAGUGUGGACAGCUCUUUUCUCUUGAAGGACUCCAUUACAUCCCCAACCCCAAGGCCCAUUCAAGCUCAACCAGUCCUUGACAGGACCACACAGUCGGCCCUUGGGGGGUUGACACCCCCAGCUUACACAUUGCACAUUGCUGCUGGCAUCCAGCCAGGUUUUAGCAGCAUCCCAACUGAUCCAUCUGUGGGUGAAGCUAGUUCAACUGGCCUUGAAGUUGCCAAACAGAGUCACCAACAGAGUGGUCCUUGUGGUGCAGUAUUUGGCAUGACAGCCCCACGACCUUUUGCUUUUGGGGGACUAGUGGCCCCAAUGGACUGUGAGGAACCUGAGACCAUUGUGGCUGUCCCCCAAGUGGUUGCCUCUGGAGUAGUGCUUAACGGGACCACUAGAGCCCUGGACCCCUUUGCACAAGCCUGGAGCCAGACCACUCCUAGCCAGGGCACACCAUUGGCCUCAGGGACAGCUAGCUUUACUCCAAGAAACACCCUGUCUGAGGCCCCCUCUGCUCUGAGCAUCCCUGUCUCUGGACCACUGAAGGCUGGCAGCAGUACUGGCUUUGGGAUGUCCUUUUCAUCCAUUCAGGGCUCUACAGGGAAAGAUGCUUUCAGAUCAUGGACCCCUUUGUUCUCUGUCGGUGCAAAAUCCAAACCCCCCAGGACUCGGGAGCAUGGGCAGUCCCGGAGACAUCAUGCCUACAAGAAAUAG